UCUGCGCUCCGGAGACAGAGGCGUCUUUACCCGACACGGACUCACUGAACGCGGACUUAUCUUUGCGCUUUUACUCGUAUCUUUACUCGUAUCGGACUCAGGACCCGUGGACCGGUUCUGGAUUAACCGCCUGUUCGGACUCUAUCUAACGCACAGCCGUGGAUUUUUCUCUUUAUCCUGGAUCUUGUGGAUUAUUUCACUGACUUCAACAUGACUCUGGAGGAAGUGGUCGGAUCCAACAGCACCGACAAAAAGAUGGAGACGGUGAGUCAGGCUCUGGAGGAGCUGCUGGUCGCGGCGCAGAGGCAGGACUGUCUCACGGUGGGAGUGUACGAGUCCGCCAAACUCAUGAAUGUAGACCCGGACAGCGUGGUCCUGUGCGUCCUCGCCACUGAUGAGGACGAUGAAGGCGACAUCGCGCUGCAGAUCCACUUCACGCUGCUUCAGGCUUUUUGCUGCGACAACGACAUCAACAUCCUGCGCGUGUCCGGCAUGAGGCGCCUGGCCCAGGUUCUGGACGGGGACACGGAGGCCGGCACCGGCACCGGCACCGAGCCGCGCGACAUGCACUGCAUCCUGGUCACGAACCCUCCGCUCCAGCCGCUCCAGUGUCAGGCUCUGGACCGCAUCGGCAGCUUCUGUGAGGAGAGCCGCUGCAGGAACCAGUGGGUCCCCUGUCUGGACCUGCAGGACCGCUGAACCGAACCGAGCCGAACGGGACCGAACCGAACCGCCGCGGAGCGGUGAGAAAAAGAGGAAACGUCCAAACGACCAGACCUCGGCACCAGACGAGUAACGGCGUUUGAGUGAAGGAGCCGAACCCAUCGGGCCGGACUGGACCGGACCAGACCGGACCGGACCGGACCGGGGAGGGGCUUCCUGCUUCCUGCUGCCUGAGUGGGGGGGACUGAUUGGGCCUCGGGGCCGCGUCAGAUGUUGGUACCAGGACUGGUUCUGAAAGCCAGACCGGACUCUGGAGACAAGAGUGAACUUAAACCAGUGAGAACCUUGAGCCAGUGAGGAGAUGCACCUGAGCUGCAGAUGAACAAUGACUCUGAUGAUCACGUGACUCUGAUGAUCACGUGACUGUGUGAUGUUUGAUUAUUGAUGAAUAAAUGAUUGACAGCA